AUGGACACCUCACCCCAUGUGGAGCAGCCAAGCAAGCUGGCGCCGCAUGGCCUCGAAGAGCUUGAGUUCUACCGCCACCGCAAACAUGAUGCUAGUAUCAUUUUGAGAUAUUGGACCGGUGGUACAUUUUGUGGAGGAGAUCUUCCAAAAACAGAAUCUGAGGAGGAGGAGAAAGCUGCGGCGGAGAAGGAGGAGGAGGAAAGGAUGGAAUCAGAAUAUGAAGCUUGGAGAACAGUCCGAGCUGAGUAUGAGAAGCUAGACUUGAAGCCUAAGAUCGGGGAGCAGGGCUAG